AUGGACCUAAUGGCGGAUACGGAUAACAAUGCAACCGACUUUGAUGCGACAAUGGUAAACGCGGCUAACCAGAUGUAUUCUGAACUACCUGAAGAAGAGAGAACGGGCUCUUUCGGUAAUGCCCUCAAGUAUUUUAUUUCGUUGGGAUUUUUCGGAUAUGGUUUUCGGAAAAGUGUUAAUCUUAAUGCGAGGUUUCGCACAGGAAUUCAGACACUAGGUACUAUGUUCAAAAUUGUCAAUACGGGGGAAGACAAACAGCGCUUUCAUGAUGCACUGCAAUACCAUGAAGAAAAUAGAACAGCUAUUGGUAAAAUAGAUUUUGAAAAACAUUUCGGUUGUCCACAGAACCAAAUGUCAUGCAAAAUUAAUCAAUGUCAAAAUACGCUCAAGUUACAAACAGAUUUCCAAAACGCAAUUCAAGAUGCCCGACAAAAACUAGCUGAUAGUGUGAUUUAUAAUUCCGCAAAAACUUCUUCUGCUAUUAUCGUCAUGCAGAUUGUUAAAAUCUAUUUCGUUUGGAAAGAAAUCUCUGCGGCAAAAAACUUACAUAAUGAUCCCAUGAAAUUCAAGCAAAUUGAAUUAAAUAUCGAUACACUCCAAAAGAUCAUUGGACAACUUAAUCAAGCACUUCAGGCAAACAACAUGAACCAGAUUUCAAAAAUAAGUACGCGUGCGCAUCUCAAAUAUAACCAGACCAAAACAUUAAUUAGUAAUUUGCAGUUAAAAAUUAAUGGAAAAUUCGAAAGAUUAGAUAUGACAGCGGAUCGGCAGGUUCUAGAUGGUAUUUCACAUUUUGCGUCCGCUAUCGGCAAUGGUUUGCAAUUUCACGGCGUUUAUGGUUUUGCUUCAUCAGAUGCUAAGGCUCUUGCUGUAAUAUUAGUUGCUACUUUUAGCGUCUUCACAGUGGCUGAUAUAGCCACUUAUCAUAUUACCAAAAAACGUAUGAAAGAAUUGCAACAGGACUUAUCAUACUUGGACACUCUCAAUCACCAAUUGGAUCAGCUUUAUCAAGCAAUUGAAGAAGCGGAAAAUCUCGUCUAA